UUUGCUCUGUUCUCACUCUCUCUCCCCCCCGUCCAUGCUUGUAGUCAAACAAAGCCAACAAGUCUUCUGGUCACUUGGAACAUCUGGUGAGGGCUAUAAUUGUAUUUGCAUUGAUGCGGUUGAAUUUGAUGACCAGUUGAGACAAAGGCUCCCCACCUCCCAAAAUUUUCCGAAGAUAAAAUGGCUCUCAGCGUUGCCAGUAGGCUGUAGCAUCUGCACUUGAAACACAGGGAGAGCCUUUUGCCAGUGGAAAACCGUAAGUGCCUAAAACUAAAAAGAUGGAACCACAAAAUAUUCAACAUUCACAGGUUAUUGAAAUCCAUCGAGAUGUUCACGAUGGUGAAACGAGUAAUAGUGGGAGUAAGAUUUGUGGGGAAGCACCAUGUGGACUUGCGGAUGUUGGAUCCAACUCUAAAGAUGCCAAAGACCGAUCAGCCUCCAUGCGCAAGCUUUUAAUAGCAGUGGUACUUUGUGUUCUGUUCAUGGCUGUUGAGGUAGUUGGUGGCAUUGAAGCCAAUAGUUUAGCAAUAUUGACAGAUGCAGCACAUUUGCUUUCGGAUGUUGCAGCAUUUGCCAUCUCCUUGUUCUCUUUGUGGGCGGCUGGCUGGGAAGCCACUCCCCGUCAGUCUUACGGGUUUUUUAGGAUUGAAAUUCUUGGUGCCCUGGUUUCCAUCCAGCUCAUAUGGUUGCUUGCCGGGAUAUUGGUAUAUGAAGCCAUAGUUAGAAUGAUACAUGACACAGGUGAGGUGAAUGGAUUUCUAAUGUUUCUCGUUGCCGCAUUUGGUCUAGUGGUUAAUAUAGCCAUGGCCAUACUGUUAGGCCAUGAUCAUGGACACGGACACGGACAUGGACAUGAUCACGGUGAUCACAGUCACGGAAUGACUAUUUCUGCUCAUCACCAUCACCACGAUCAUGCUCACGAGAAACACUCGCAUGGUCAUGAUCAUGAGGAGCACUCACAUGAUCAUGAGCACCCUCACACUCAUGAAGAUGAUCAUGAAUACCACCAUGCCGACAAGGAUCUUGCUGAGCCACUGUUGGAUAAGCCAAAAGAUGGGCAAGUAGAGAAGAAGCAACGGAACAUAAAUCUACAGGGUGCUUAUCUCCAUGUGCUUGGAGACUCGGUACAAAGUAUUGGGGUAAUGAUUGGCGGGGCAAUCAUAUGGGCCAAGCCGGAGUGGAAGAUAGUUGAUUUGAUCUGCACCCUAAUUUUUUCGGUCAUUGUUUUGGGGACAACUAUUAAGAUGAUGCGGAACAUACUUGAUGUCCUGAUGGAGAGCACGCCGAGAGAGAUUGAUGCAACGAGACUUGAAACGGGACUGUUGGAGAUGGACGAAGUGGUAGCAGUCCACGAGCUGCAUAUAUGGGCUAUCACGGUGGGGAAAGUCCUGCUGGCUUGCCAUGUGAAAGUUAGACCGGAAGCAAAUGCAGACACGGUGCUGGAGGACGUAAUAGCUUAUAUCAGAAGGGAGUAUAACAUCAGCCAUGUCACGAUCCAAAUCGAGCGUUAGCUGUCUUUCGAAAGGGCAAGAUGAUAUGGCUGCAUAUACUCUUCUUAGAAGGGUUUUAGAUUUUUUGGCAUCAAGAUUGUGGUAUUUAGGCAGGAAAUUGCUUUCAUUUCCUCCCUAUUAUCUAGAUGUAUGUUUGGUGCCAAGCUCUUGAUAGUUUGAAUUGAAGAUGUAGAUUCCAAUAACAACGGAGCCUGGAAUUAUUUUGUGGGUUGGUUAAGUUAAAAUUAUACUACGCAAUCAAAUGCUUAAAUUUUUUUUGUUA